UCAACGGGGGAGGAAAGCGCGGCUGUUGCUGAAGGUCCUGCUCCCGCUGCGGGCGUUUCACCCACGGAACGGAUUAGGGCGAGCCUCCACCGGGCGGUUUGUGCGGCGCGUUCUGGGAUGCUGCUUCCGAGCAGACGCGGUCCCACCAGGCUUCACCACACCAGCUUUAGCUAGCGGCGGCUAGGCACAAAGACGUUCAGUCAUCUGUUAGCCGGGAGUGGGCUAUCUGUAACUAGCCUGCUAACAACACCGUCGCGGAUGAGGACGCACAUCCUCCCGCACUCCGGUUAAUCUGUGCCGACUCGCUCUGCGCGCCGCGUUCAGUGGCCGUUUUCACGCUCUCGGCUCUAUCGGCGACCCGAAGUCCGGCGGCUCCCCUCGCGAAGUCGCCACUCAUGACCGCGAAACUUCACGCAGCGUCUCUGCGUCGCUGGGUCCUCGCCUGCGUGUUGGACGGUUAGCCGCGGCGGAGCGUCGGCGUCUUGACAGGGAUGGUGGCGGUAGCAGAACAAGCUAAUGUUACUCCCGUGAAGAAGAAGAAGUGAGAAGAAGUCCUCACACUCACGGACACACACGCACUUCGAGCCAAGUGGGAGUUCUCGGUUUGGUUUGUGUUGAUUGCGACUGUAGAUUAUCGCCACGAAGGAGCUGACAAAUCACUGGACGACGCCGCGCCGAAACUGGGAAUAUCGCUAACAGAUCGAGGAGGAUUAUUUUAUGUCUCUAAGUGGAUUUCGGCCUGAAUACACCGUGGAGUGCGUUUGACAUUGAGUGAACAUCCUCUUUCCCAGCGACCUUCCCCGCCCCUGCUGUCACUCUCCGAUGCGGAGAUAUCAGUAGCGCCGGCAACCCAAUCCCCCCUCGGCGGCCGGACAUGCUGAAGUGUAUCCCCCUGUGGCGCUGCAACCGCCACGUCGAGUCGGUGGACAAGCGGCACUGCAACUUGCAGACGGUCCCCGAUGAGAUCUUCCGCUACACCCGCAGCCUGGAGGAGCUCCUUCUUGAUGCCAAUCAACUCAAAGAGCUACCAAAGCCUUUCUUCAGACUACUGAACCUGCGGAAGCUCGGCCUGAGCGACAAUGAGAUCCAGAGACUCCCCCCGGAGGUGGCCAACUUCAUGCAGCUGGUGGAAUUGGACAUUUCUAGAAACGACAUUCCUGAGAUCCCUGAGAGCAUUAAGUUUUGCAGAGCGUUGGAGAUCGCAGACUUCAGUGGAAACCCCCUCUCCAGAUUGCCGGAUGGUUUCACUCAACUCCGAGCGUUGGCUCACUUGGCGCUCAACGAUGUGUCGUUGCAGACGUUGCCCAGCGACAUCGGAAAUCUGGCUAACCUGGUGACGUUGGAGCUGAGGGAGAACCUGCUGAAGUCUUUGCCCACGUCGCUCUCCUUCCUGGUGAAACUGGAACAGCUGGACCUGGGCAGCAAUGAACUGGAUGUCUUGCCGGACACCCUGGGUGCCCUCCCCAACCUGAGGGAGCUGUGGCUCGACCGUAACCAGUUAUCCUCAUUACCACCAGAGCUGGGAAAUCUCCGGAGACUGGUGUGUUUGGACGUGUCGGAGAACCGUCUGGAGGAGCUCCCCUCGGAGCUGAGCGGCCUCCUCGCUCUUACGGACCUGCUGCUCACACAGAACCUGCUGGAGGUGGUUCCAGACAGCAUAGGUUCUCUCAAACAGCUGUCUAUCCUGAAGGUGGACCAAAACAGACUCACCCAUCUGACUGAUUCAAUAGGGGAAUGUGAAAACCUCACAGAACUCGUCCUGACCGAGAAUCUUUUACAGUCACUUCCUCGCUCGCUGGGCAAGCUGAAGAAGCUGACCAACCUGAAUGUAGACCGCAACCGGCUGGGCAGCGUUCCCAAAGAGCUGGGCGGCUGUGCCAGCCUCAACGUGCUCUCGCUCCGAGACAACCGCCUGGGCAAACUGCCCGCUGAGCUCGCAGAUGCAACCGAGCUGCAUGUGCUGGAUGUAGCUGGAAACAGAUUACAAAACUUGCCUUUCGCCCUGACAAACCUCAAUCUGAAGGCCAUGUGGCUCGCCGAGAACCAGUCGCAGCCCAUGCUGAAGUUCCAGACAGAAGACGACGAGCGGACGGGAGAGAAAGUGUUAACCUGCUAUUUACUGCCACAGCAGCCUUCACCAAGCCUAGAGAAUCUGCUGCAGAACAGUGUGGACGACAGCUGGACAGACAGCAACCUCAAUCGGGUGUCAGUCAUUCAGUUCCAGGAGGAGACCAAGGCUGAGGAGGAGGAUGAUGAGGCUGCAGCAGAGCGCAGAGGCCUUCAGCGCAGAGCCACACCACACCCCAGUGAGCUGAAGGUGAUGAAGAAAGUGAUCGAAGAAAGAAGGAAUGAAGCCUACUCAUCCCGACCUGAUGGAGAGGAAGAGCCUUUUGACCCUCAGGAGAAACGACUCAGCGACCUCUCCAACCAGAGCCAUGACUCGCAGGUGUCCAACAGCACGCUGUCGGCCACUUCCCAUGAGGACCGGCACAACGUGACCGCGGCUUCGCAGAAGGAAGACCUUGUGGACGGACAUGUCCCUCAGGACGAAGAAGACCUGGAUGAGAUGGAGGUGGAAUACAUCGAGCCCACGGUGCACUUUGCAGAAGACCCUAUUAUCCGAGGCGGCGAUGAGGACGACGAGGAGGACGGCGAGGACGGCGAGAGGAGUGAGGAGGAAGACGAGAGGCUAGCUUUCCCUGCCGAGAAACAGCGGCUCAUCCGGAAGGACACGCCACACUACAAGAAGCACUUCAAAAUCACCAAGCUGCCCAAGCCCGAGGCCGUGGCCGCGCUGCUGCAGGGCUUCAGCCCCGACGGCCUCGGCUCCCCGACCCAGGCCGCCGAGGACGAGCAGGACGAGGAGGACGAGGAGGAGGUGGACGCCGGCACCCCGCAGCACCAUCACAGGAUAGAAGAGCUGGAGGACAGCAGGCAUCAGGUCAACUCCAGUCAAGUCAAGGGGGUGUCAUUUGAUCAAGUCAAUAAUCUGCUGAUUGAACCUGCUCGAAUUGAGGAGGAAGAGCACACCCUGAGCAUCCUCCGACAAACAGGCGGCCUGGGCAUCAGCAUUGCUGGAGGGAAGGGAUCCACGCCUUACAAAGGAGAUGACGAGGGGAUCUUCAUUUCUAGAGUUUCUGAAGAGGGUCCAGCCGCCAGAGCAGGGGUUAAAGUAGGAGACAAACUGCUCGAGGUAAACGGGGUCGAUCUCCACGAAGCCGAGCACCACACGGCGGUGGAGGCUCUCCGGAGCUCCGGCGCCUCCGUCUCGAUGACCGUGCUGCGGGAGCGCAUGGUGGAGCCGGAGAACGCCAUCACCACCACGCCGCUGAGGCCCGAGGACGACUACUUCCCGCGGGAGAGACGGAGCAGCGGCAUCGCCUUCAACAUGGAGGGCAGUCCCAGCGGGCCCCGGCAGCGCUUCUCCACCUGCCUCAUCCGCAACGACAAGGGCCUGGGCUUCAGCAUCGCCGGGGGCAAAGGCUCCACCCCGUACCGGACCGGCGACACGGGCAUCUACAUCUCUCGUAUCGCGGACGGAGGAGCGGCGCACAGAGACAGCACGCUGCGUGUGGGUGACAGGGUGAUCUCUAUCAAUGGUGUAGACAUGACAGAGGCCAGACAUGACCAGGCAGUAGCGCUCCUUACCGGCACCUCCCCCACCAUCGCCCUCCUGGUAGAGCGAGACCCGAAUGCCCCGGGGGGCUCUCCCGGUCAGUCUCGGGCACGAGCCCACUCCCCGCCGCCCCCAGAGCCGUCCGACUCCCCGGACCAGGACGAAGACGGGCUCUCGCUGCACGGGAACCACCGGCUGGAGGAUGAGUACCCCAUCGAGGAGGUGACUCUGAUGAAGUCAGGCGGUCCGCUCGGCCUGAGCAUCGUGGGAGGCAGCGACCACGCCAGCCACCCGUUUGGCAUCAAUGAACCCGGCGUGUUCAUAUCAAAAGUGAUUCCUCACGGCCUGGCGUGUCAGAGCGGCCUCCGUGUUGGCGACCGGAUCCUGGAGGUGAACGCCAUCGACCUGCGACAUGCCACGCACCAGGAGGCCGUGCGCGCCCUGCUGGCCAACAAGCAGGAGAUCCGCAUGCUGGUUCGGAGGGACCCGUCCCCGCCGGGGAUGCAAGAAAUCAUGAUCCAGAAGCAGCCGGGAGAAAAGCUCGGCAUCAGCAUUCGUGGAGGGGCCAAAGGUCACGCCGGAAACCCCUUUGACCCGACAGACGAGGGCAUCUUCAUCUCUAAGGUGAGUUCGAGCGGCGCGGCGGCGAGAGACGGACGGCUGCAGGUCGGCAUGCGCAUUCUGGAGGUGAACAACCACAGCCUGCUGGGCAUGACGCACACGGAGGCCGUGAGGGUGCUCCGGGCCGUCGGCGACUCUCUGGUCAUGCUGGUGUGUGACGGAUUUGACCCUCGCAAAGUGGCUGCUGUAGAGGCGUCUCCUGGCAUCAUCGCCAACCCGUUUGCUGGCAGCAUUGUGCGCAAAAACAGCAUGGAGAGCAUCUCUUCCAUAGACCGAGACCUGAGCCCAGAGGAGAUGGACAUCAUGCAGAAGGAGUCGGAGAUGGUGAGGGAGACCUCACAGUGGGAGCGAGAAGAGAUGGAGAAAGUGGAGCGUAUGCGCUUGGAGCGUGAGGAGGCAACUCGCCUGCUAGAAGAGGAGACGGAGAGCAUCGGCACUGGACCUCUGAAACUGGACUACAAGACGCUGGCUGCACUGCCCACCACCAGCCUGCAGAAGGUCAACAGGUCCUGUGUUACUCUGAUGGAGGCCCCCCUGCAGGCCCAGUACGGAGCCCCUUUAGAGCCCCCUGGCUUCGGGUUGAAGCUGGAUUAUCUGCGUGGAUCCCAGUUCUCCCCUAACGGGACCUCCGCCGCCGAGAGCACCGGGUCCUCCACCACCGUCAGUUCGGCGUCGACGUUCCUGCCCGAGGAAGAGGAGGAGAGCCUGGUGGAUUCUCAGCCCAUCUGCUUCAGCGAGAACCCUUUCUUGGUGGCCAAUCGUAAAGGGACGGGCCUGUCGGGGCCCCCGGUGGGCUACGGCAGGCAGGGCCAACUGCAGCCGUGGUUGUUCAGCAAGGCGCCUUCCUCUGAUUUCCCGCGAACGGACAGCCCCAUCAGGGAAGCACCUUACUCUCCCACCAUCCAGCCGCCCAGCCACCACUCUUCCAACAGCUCUCUGGGUUCAGGCAGGGAGACUCGCUUCGCCAACAUUCAUUACAGCUCCACCCCCACUGCCAAGGACAGCAGCUCGUCAUCAACACGACCCGGUGCCAUCCAGCCGGUCGGGCGUGCGCGGCCGAGCAACUCCCCCGGCACGCCCGAAGGCCGCAGUCCCAACCCCUUCCAGCAUGGCCCCUCCCCCUUCAACUCCCAGACCUCUCCUCGCGCCCCCUCCCCCACCUCGCCCGACGAAUUCCCCAUGAAUGUCAAGCAGGCAUACAAGGCGUUUGCCGCCGUGCCUCGCUCUCUGGCCGUGCUGGAGCCGCCGCAGGACCUGUACGGCGUCAAGAACAAUUUUCUCCCAAAGCAGCCGUCUCCAGAGCCUGAGUUGGUCAACGACGUGUUCGAUGACCCCGAUGGUCUGCAGGGAGCCGGGAAGAGGACGAGCAGCCCGCUCUCCCCCCGGCUCCCUCUCUUGUCGCCCGACCGCCGGGAGUAUAUGAACCUGGCGGCGGUGCCUCGCCACUCCAGGCCCACCCUGGACACGCAGACUCCCUCUCCCGGUGGGAAGAACAGCCCAGAGCAGCGAUCGUUCAGGGACCGACAGAAGUACUUUGAGAUUGACGUGAAGCAGCAGACCCCGGACAAGCCCAAACCUCGAGUGUCCCUGGUCGGAGAAGACGACCUCAAGAAGAUGAGAGAGGAAGAAGCGAGGAAGUUUGAGCAGCGGGCGCGGGAGUACCUGCUAGAUGAAGACGAGGAGGACGAGGAGGAGGAUUUGGCCAAGCAGGUGGCUCAGAUGAAGGCCACCGGUAAGGUGCUGCUGGACGGAGUGGAGUAUAAGGUGGAGCCGGUGACCUCGCCGUCCCAGCACUGCUCCACACCCCCGAACUACAGCGUGACGCCGCCCAGCUACUGCGGCAGCUCGGGUCCGUCCUCAGUGGACGGUAAAGGAGACUCUCAGAGGAAUUCCCUGGAGGACAGCUUCAGGCUGGAGCAGAGGCCCAACUCCAUGACGGGCCUGAUCCCGGUUUACCCCGGGGAGUCGGCCGCUCCCAUCCGCACGGCCAAAGCAGAGCGCAGACAUCAGGAGAGGCUCCGCAUGCAGAGCCCCGAGCUGGCCGUGGCCCCCGACAAGGACCUGUCUCCUGCAGAGAAACGAGCGCUGGAGGCUGAGAAGAGAGCCAUGUGGAGGGCAGCACGGCCGUACGGCCUGGAGGAGGAUGUUAGGCAGUAUGAGCAGGACCUGGCUAAGAGGCUCUACCAGGCCCGAGUGAGGGCAUCAGAGGGCUCGGCCCCGCCGCCCCCCGGCCCUGGCCCCGCCCCCUCCACCGCCGCCUCCUCUGCCGCCUCCCAGCUCAGGAUGAAGUCUCUGGAGCAGGACGCGCUGAAGGCUCAGAUGGUCAUCGCCAAGUCCCGCGACGGGAAGAAACGCGGGACGCUCGACCAGCUGACGGAGUCGCCCUCGCCGGCCCCCACGCCCUCCCCCACCCCCAUGGAAGAGCUCAGUCCUCGAGGAGUAACCUCACCUGGCAGGCUGUCCCUGUCAUCAAAGAAGUUUGACUACCGACAGUUUGCCGCCAUUCCUUCUUCCAAACCCGUAUACGACAUCCAGUCCCCUGAUGCAGCCGACGACCUGCAGUUCGUCCACGACGGCCCCGGCAACCAAGGGUCCGCUGCGAGCGCCGAGGUGGAGGCGGCCGCCCCGCUGCCCGCCACCUCCGCCCUGGAGGAGAUGGCCAUGUACAGCAACAAGCGCAAGCUGAGGCAGGGCCGCCGCAGCCUGGAGACCGCCGUGCCCACGUAACCCCGCACCGAGAGAGGAGGAGCCAGCACGGGACGCACACACACACACACUGGUUGACGAGCACCUCCAGUGCUCCACUAACACUAAACAUGGCCCAUACACAGUAUAACCACUGCAGAGACUGUGAAUCCGGUUAGUUAGGAUCGCUACUUACAAACCAUCCUUUUAAAUUUCAGCUUUCAUUUCGCCAGUAGAGUCGGAUCGGUUUUAAAUUUAGUUUUUUUUUUUUUUUUCUGUUUUGUUUGUUCUUGGGUUUUUUUUUUGUUUUGUUUUGUUUUCUAAACUUUUCUGCGCCUUCUGUGAUUUUGCUGUUAACAAAAAAAAAAAAAACCAUACUGGAAUAUAAAAGAAAUGGGUCACAGUUAAACUACAUGGUUGAUGUUUCUUCUGGCUCGGGGCGCUCAGGAGUGUAAAUACCUGCGGAGAGAACAUCCUGCUACCUUCACAGACACGAGCUGCGGCCGUCGUUAAAAAGAGUACAUAUCUUUUUUUUUUUUCUUUCUUUUUCUUUUUGCACUGCCACGGAUCAGCUUUUUAACAACCUAUAUCUUAAUUUAUUGCUUUUAUUAUCUAACGACAGACUCGUUUCCAUCGAAAAGUCAGGCCUGUUGUGACUAAAUUUCCAUCGAUCCAGUUAUGAGUCGAAGCUUUUAACUUGGAGUUGCAUAUCACAUUAUUUUACGUACGCUUUGUUGUUUUUUUUUUAGGCACAUGUAUCUAGUUGCCUUGUGAACGAAGCCUACUUGUUUGCAUGUUGGUUUUUAAAUAAAGCAACAGUCUCUUUUCGUCUCGGCAGACUUUUAAAAAAAAAAAAAUCUCAGUUGAUGAAUUGCGUUACAUUCCCCGGUAGAAAACCCCACUACACUGGAGACGGGAGCGUCCAGCAGGAACUCCACGAAGCGUUUUUAUCAUUUCUGGAUGAACGGUACUUUACACCCCGCCCGGCUUUAUAUUGUAUUUUUCUAAUCGGUCAAAUGUGAAGCAUCCAGUUUUCAUCCUUCGCCCCGAGGAGCUCGGCCGCCGUGACCUUGAAGGUAGCAGGUGUUUUUAUUUUUGUCUAUGGUUAAUUUAAAUCUGAUGCCACUGAAAAAUAAGGAAAAAAAAAUCAUUUAUUGUUGUGUGAAUAAUGUACAAAUAACUGAAAGGAGACAAAUUUUUUGGGGGGGUUUGAAACUGAGCCAGUGUCCCGCCUGCUGGGGCGCUCUCUGCGUGUGGGAGGAGCCUGUCGGGGCUCCUCCCUCUCAACACGUCGAUGGCGUUCAGACGCUCGGCUCUCGAUUCGACUCGCCGGCCGGCGUGCGUUCCCGACGGCCGUUUCUUCAGAAUCACAGCACCGUAGCAUUUGUGUUAAUUUAAUGUAGGGUCUUCUAAUUCUAGCUUUCCAUGUUGCUCUCACUGACUGAAAUUCAGUUUGAUAACAUCUGCAACGGCUGAUAUCUAUUUUUUAACUUUUGGUAGGUCUUUUUUUUUUUUUUUUUUUUUUUCUUUUCCAGUUGGGUUUCACUACAUUACAGAUGCAGUGUUUUAAUUUUCUGUGUUAAUUCUUUUUUUGUCCUGAGUUCGGGGGCUUUUACUUGCAAAUAGGUCAGAGGGAGAGGGGUCAGAGGUCCUAGGGUCAAGGGUUAUAGCUCAUACAAGACUGUAACUAGUGAAUUUGUACAACCAAAGAAGUCUAUUUUGUGGUUCAGGAAUAAUAAAUUUUACUUUUCAUUUAAGAAGCUGA